UUAUCCCACACCCUCCGCUGGUUUUCUCUACUAGGAGGUGAAACGAAGCAAGCAGCCGGCGGGUUGUCUUCUUCAUCGUCUACCCGAGCAGAAGCAAAGGUGAAUGCCGUGCGGACUCCUCAGCCACAGGGGUGUCGAGAGGCGUCAUCCACCAUCCGGAAGGCAUUCUCCAGCCUUCGCGCAAUGCCUACACGGCGGUGUGAAGAUCUGAGAUGCAUUUGAUCGUCCGUUCAACAGAAAUACAGCUAAGUGUGUUUUUCCAGCGUCAUUUCCUCUUGUAGUGACUGUAAAUCGCCUCCCCAAUUCGUUUGUAUGCCGUGGGAUCCUUCUGGAAUCCGUGAGGAUGAUCUGAAGAAGGAUCGAAGCGAAGGAGAAUGGGUUUGGGGGUCGUUUGGAGGAUGAUCGAGCCUCUUUUUGAGCAUUCGGUUGAAACAGGCCUACCACAGCCAGUCUCAAUCCGAGCUUAAAUCGAAGGGUCAAUCGGCCAUAACUUUUGGGGAUUUUGAUACUGUUCGCUUCCCACCGAACCAAGCUUUCUAUAGGAAGUGGAAUCGCGUCAAUCCGUUCAGUAUUGAGUGAGUUACGAGCUUGAGAAGUCGGAGUAGGUUCUGUCACGCAAUUCCGCCGACCAGUUCCUGUUUCCGGCGACAUUUCCGGCGAUCCAACCGUUGGAUCUUCACGAUUCCGGUGCCAUUAGAUUCCCAACAUCCCUGAGAUCAUCUCCACCAAAUUUGACGUCGAUCGGACUGUAGAUGGCGUUUCUGGAGGCGACGGUCUGAAUCUGGCGGGAAUCGGCGGCGAGCAUCCCUGUUUCUCCGCCACAGGCGGCUGUAACCCAAUAUUCGCUUAGAACAUUGGGAAUGCAGCAUCACCGGGUGAUCUAUUAACUUUAGCUUGUUCCAAAUUUAAUUAUCUGUCGAUUGCAAGUGGUUUCAUCUCUUGAUUUGAUCGCAUUGAGGCGGAGUGGCGAUUUGAAGACCUGUGGCUGUUCUUCUGCACGACGGCUCUUCCUGAAACAGGCGACAGAACUACAGCGACUUUGAGGGAUCAACGACUGGGGUCUAGACAGCUCAGAUUCAGCUCAAAUUUGGAGCGUCUACUCCUUGGCUAGUGGUCUUGCUACAGUCCAAAUUUCAGGAUUUUUGGAGGUGUCUAUGAAUUGUUAUGAUUUUUCCAUCGGAGACCUCUCCAGCAGUCCUGAAGCUGUUCUGCGCCUGAUACAUUUCUGAACGAAGGACAGAACGUGCGCGAUUUUCAGAGCUCAACGACCUGGCCUUAAACUCGUCGGAUUUGGCUCAAACUUGGAGCGUCCACUCCUGAGGAUGUCUACUUGUUGCUGACCAAGUUUGGGGAUUUUUGGAGACUCCUGUGAUUUGCUACGAAUUUUAGACUGGAGGCCACUCCCUGCCAGCGCCUGAACCUGUCUUCUUCGUUUUCCAGAACAGAGGCCAAGCCUCGACGCUACCCCGAUCUCGUUUUCUUCGAUAUUGGGGAAACGAGUAUCUCUGGUGAUUUCAGCUCCUUGAAUCCCUUGUUUUCCUUUGAUUAUAUCCUGGAUUUGAUCGUGCUUGCACUUGUUUUGGCGGAGCAUACCCCUGCUGCAACGAGGAUGGGCUGCAACCUGUUAGCAUAGACUGCAACAGUCCGUGAGCCGCAACCUUGGAGUUGAAGGGUGCUCGUCGACACCAGUUCGACGCCUGCUUCCCCCUUAACAGCAUACAAAGAGGGGUUUAGAUCGCAUCUUGUGAGGCAUUUCAUACUUUGGCUCUGUUGUUCGAUUACUGUUUUGCUGUAACAGUAAUCCGUGCUUCCCUUGUUGCUGAGGUGAACCGUGAGCCAUCAAGCGACCGGUGAGUUGGGGUCGUGGAGCUUGCUGUCCAGCUUGGGCGAGGAGGCAUUUGCUGAGUACCGAGGCUUAGUUUCUGGUUUUCCAGCCUCGGUGGAUAGCUCGGACUAGCUCCGAGGUGGUUUGUACCCUGUCCCACUAUAGCACGGGGAGGGUGUUCUUGCUUACAAACCCGCCUACACGGCGCGCGGCAUAGUGAGGUCCUCGGAGGCUCGUUCAGCCGACGACACACCUCCUUGCGGCUUGGCCACCUAGGGGUUGAGGGUGUGGUUUGUGCGCUUAGGCAUGUAUGUUUUUGAUGAAUGCUUGGAUGUGAAUGUGGUUGAGUGAGGUGAGCGUUUAAGUUGUAUCGUCGCGGUUGUAUUAAGCCUUGAGCCCCUUGGCAUUCUUGUAGUAGGAUUGGCUAUUUGGGUUCGGGAAACACUCUUGUAAUUCUGUCCUAACUUGGGAAAUUAAGCCGGGGUUGCUGUCCGGCAGGGAAAGAGUGUAAAGUCUUCUUAAUACUUAGCCUAUUCGGAGCCUGCCCCAAGAGAUCUUGGGAAGGGAGUUCGGCAUUCGGCAGCGAGCUUAGGCAGUCCUAGCCGGGUUCCCACCAGUUUGGUAUCAGAGCACCUUGGGGCUGAUUGAGCAGCUAUGGCAAAGAAGAAGAACACAAGAGUUGAGCAACAGGAAAUGGAAUUGGGCGUCGAAGAUGCAGCCACCGAAUCAGUUCAUGAGGGCAGCGGAAGGAAUGAAUCAAACCGAGAAAAGUUCUCACGGAUAGAAACCGAACUUGAGGAAAUGAGAGUAAGAAUGAGUCGGCAAGACCAGCCAUCACGUGUGGAAGAGAGGUUGUCUCGCUUUGAGGAAGCUAUGAUUCGUAUGACUGAUAACUUCACGCAAAUAAGUCACCAAUUGGGUUUCUUAACCGGCCGAAUGAAUAAAAUGGACCAAUUGUCAGAAAGUAUAGAAGGGCUAAAUCAAAGAAUGGACCGUAUGGAAAGAUCCGUUAAUCAUGGGCACAACCGAGAAGAUAAGGGAAAAGGACCUUAUGAAGAGCCUCACACAUCAUAUCAAGCUCCCAAAGAGCAUGCCGCAUCGAGUUUUGGAGGGAUUAAAAUUGGAAAAGAUAAUCAAGUUCCACCCAAAACCAAUGAAGCUCACAUGGGAAAUAAAAAGACCAUGGGAGUUAACAUGGCAACUUGUUCCAAACCACUGGUAGACAAUGAUUUUGAAGAAAUUUCAGAUGAAGAUAGUGAGAGAAUCGGACAAAGAAGUGAGAAAAAGAGGGGCCAAAGGAACAUAGAACCCAGAUCCAACAUUCGGGUUGACUUUCCUAAGUUUGAUGGCAAAAACGCCCAAGAUUGGGUGAUUAAAGCGGAGCAAUACUUUGAGUGCCAAGAAGUUAGGGAAGACAAAAAAAUUACAACGGCCAUGAUCUACUUUGAAGGGGCAGCUAUGAGGUGGUAUCGGUCGUACAAGAGGAAAAACCCGGUCAUGGUAUGGGAAACAUUUUCAAAUGCAUUACUCGCUCGCUUUGGAGUCUCGUCAUAUACUAACUAUCAUGUGGAGCUCAUCAACAUGAAACAAAUCACUACCGUGGAGGAGUUUCAAGGUCGAUUUGAGGACAUGUCAUGUAUGGUUGGAGAUUGGCCCGAACCCGCAGUCAUAGGUGCAUUCAUGUCGGGAUUGAGAGAGGAUAUUAGAAUUGAGAUGCUAUCCGAGGAACAUGUAGACUUAGACAGUUGCUUUGCAAGGGCACGAGUUAUGGAGGAAAAGCUCCUCAAACGGGCAGCGUAUGAGAAAUUCUCUAAGACCGGAGGAUUCAACCAAAACAAAGGGAAUUUCAACAGGCCUACUCCUAAACCACAGCCACAAGGGUUUCCAAAGAGGGAUACACGUCCAGCCGUUAGGGACAAUGUUCCGGUUCGUUACAUCACCGCUAAGGAGAGGGAUGAAAGGUUCAAAGCCGGGCUAUGUGUGUCAUGUGAGGAAAAGUGGUUCAAGGGACACAAAUGUAAGAGGUUUCAGCUAAUGGUGGUUGUAGAGGAUGAGGACGAAGUUGAGGUUUCAAUCCCAGUUGAGGAAGAGCAACCAGUAGAACAAGAGUGCCCAACGGAAAUUGAGAAGGUGGAUGGGGUUCUUCACUCCAUGAGGGACCCAAACCGUCCUAAAGCAAUGCGUGUUCUUGGAACCAUUCAAGGGCACAGAGUCACAAUCUUGCUAGAUUCGGGAGCAACUCAUAAUUUUAUGAGUUUAGAAACGGCCAAGGAUAGCGGAUGCACAUUGGAAGAUCAAGCACCACUCACGGUCUUGAGACACUUGGGGGAAUCUACUGGGAUUUCUCCAAAAUGA